GCCUCGCUGUCGCUCGCGCUCUCGCUCUCUCUCUCUCUCUCUCUCUCGCGCGCGCCGCUGUUCUAUUCUGGGACGUGGUGCCAGGAAUAACCCCGACUGUCCCGCAUCGCAAACUCCAUGUCUCGCGUCUGCGUCCUCGAGCAGGAACAAAGCGCGAUGAACGGGACUAUUUACGCUCAACGCUCCCCUUAAACUCUCCACGAGCAGGGCGCACACGCCGAGCGCUUGCCUUCUCCUAGCACUUGGUGGACUUUUGCAAACGCGUUAUCUCGCGCCGCCGUGUCCAUCUCCGUUCAUUCCCGUUGGAGGAGGCUGGCGCUCCUCGGGAUGGUCGCGCGUCAGGACGCCCGAGCGCUGUGACACGGGUGUGUGAGGAGUGUGUCUACCUGGAUAAACUUGACUCCCGGACCACUGAGAAGGGAAGGCACAGUGGUCUGCGUAGUCUCAGCACCCUGGCAGAGGGACCCAUCUGAACACAUCACUAGGUCCCGUUCCUCCAUCUCAACCCAGCUGUGCAGAGGAGGUUCAGAGCUGUGUCUGCCAACCAGAACACAAGCAGUGCACAUGUUGGAGGCCUGGAGCUACCUCUACUGACCAUCUGGUCCUGAUUGGAGCCGCCGCACCUCUCUGUGUUGGCCUCUCAGCUGCGGCAGGAGCCCAGCUCGGCCAGAGUGGCAGCCUGCGCUUCAUCUGGGGCUCCUAACAAGGACGCAGCAGGGCCCUGCAGGGUGGUGAUACGUCCCCCAGACCUGCUAAUGCACGCCAAAAAAACCCACACUCUGGAAAGUUGCUAGGGCUUUUAUUAUAGCUCCACGUCAUUUACUGAAUAGAGAAAAGAUGCAACCCGAUAUCUGGAACUUGGCGCACCAGAGAGAACUUCAGCGACGUGCGUGACCUCGUGACACCAUCUGUACCCUCUGGGCUUGCUCAACUGAUCAUGCAAAGCCCCGAUUCCCAGACUCCUGCCUCAGCUCUCGGGAGCAUCUCAGACCACACCAAGCUCUCAGAUAACAAGGGGAUCAGGGUACAUUAAAGAGGAGGAGGCGAAAAGUGCACUUGGAGCUGAUGAAUAUGACCAUGCCAAGAGGAAAGCACAUGUGCUAAUAGUUAUAGUCAUAUUAUUAUAUAGUUAUAGAGAUAUUUUGGGAAUUCAAAUUCUCAAAAAAAAAAUGGAAACAGAAGACUUUUUAUUUAGAUCUCAUUGUUAGUGAAUCAUCUGGCAUGAUUACAUACUUGAAUGCAAUUUAACAAACAGCACCUUGAAAAAAAAAAACAUCUGAAAUAUAGAAAAAAAUGGAGUCACGUGCAACAGCAGCUGGCCAAAGAUGCAGCAAGGAACCACGUGAGAAAAACCUUUUACAAAGAAAGUGGGUCUCUGAGCCCUCUACUGGUACAAGAAGCACUUAUGCUGAAUCAGAAGGUAAAAGACAUUUGCACCAGGAAGGCCUGCAGGGUGCCAUCAGUGGAACAGGAAUCGCAGGUUCUGGAAAGCUGCUUUUAAGUGGAGUAUCUCAGUCAUCUCAAGAAAGUCAGUUCUUUCCUCGGUCUUAUUCCUAUCAGCUACCACAUUCAUACCCACAGCAACCGAUGCAAAAGCCUUUUCUGACCGGUACAAAACCACAGCCUGCUUUGGAAGCCCAUGCCUGGCCUUUCCCAAGACAACUGCAGUCUCUGCCACCAGAUGAUAUGUUUCCUGUGCACUCCCGCUCUCAUGGAGUUUUUCCACGACAGAAAUCUCCCAGUUUACCCAGUGGUUUUGGCCAGUAUUCCCAGUCAGGCUCUGAACAGCAAGAAGAAGGACAUAAGAAGGAACAGAAACCUAAAAAGCCAGGGAAGUACAUUUGUCAGUACUGUGGAAGGGCAUGUGCUAAGCCCAGUGUGCUUAAAAAGCACAUCCGAUCUCACACAGGGGAGCGUCCCUAUCCCUGUGGCCCCUGUGGCUUCUCUUUCAAAACCAAGAGCAAUUUAUAUAAGCAUAGAAAAUCUCACGCUCAUGCAAUCAAAGCAGGCCUCGUUCCGUUCUCCGAACUGGCAACUCGCACAGACCUCGAUCAGGCAUCUUCAGUUGGCGAGGCAGAGGUGCACUCCGAUGGAGAGCAGAGCACAGACACGGAUGAAGAAACGGCCGACGGGGGGAUGUGCCCUGAUAAAAGUGGCCCUGUACCCCAGAUAUCGUUCGAAUCUGACAAAAGCACAAUGGAAAAGGGCAGAGAACCCGCGUAUGCAGAUCCAGCGGAAGAAUUGGCCAUGGCAUCUAUGAAAGUGCCUAUCUUAAUAGUCCCAAAACAGGGACUUCCACCAACAGCCAUAGAGUGCACUCAGUUCACAGAAAUCAAAGGAUCCCAUAUUGGGGGACAAAUGGUACGAGGAGAUGAGUCACAUACUAUCAAACAGAGGCUUGCUUUAAGACUCACUGAGAAAAAGGGACAGGACUCAGAUCAGUCUCUAAAUCUGUUGAGCCCACACAGCAAAGGCAGUACUGAUUCUGGUUAUUUUUCUCGCUCAGAGAGUGCUGAACAACAGAUUAGUCCACCUAACACAAAUGCAAAGUCAUAUGAGGAAAUCAUGUUUGGAAGAACUUGGUAUUACAGACCAAACUCCAGAUCUAGACAAGCCAUUACAGUUGGGAUGGCUGCUACUGCCAGUGAAGACCCUCACAUUAAGUCUGGUGCCAUGAUAGAGUUGGAUAUGGAACAGAUAUCAGAGGAUCAUAUAUUUUUCAGAGGGGGUUCUGCAGAUUCCCAAAUGGUUGCAGGGUGUGAUCCUAAGCAGUAUCUUGGAGGCCCUUGCCAAAGCAAUCCUGGUCUCCUGGAAGCUCCUUCUGAAUCUGGGCCUCUCAUAAGAAGUAACUCAAUGCCUACACCUUCUCCAACCAACCUGAAUGUUCCACCAGGUCUGAGAGGGAGUCACUCGUUUGAUGAGAUGAUGUCUCCGGAUGACGUGUUUUAUCCUGCCAGUCUGAGAAGGCUGAGGAGACAGGCUGCAUUUGAACAUGGGGAAUCUGAGAACUAUGGGAAGAUAACAGGUUCUGUCUCAACAAUGAAACUGACUGAGAGAGGACAAUUGAUGCCCGAGUUUAAAGGUUCAGGAUCAGAGCUUGCUUGUCCUGAAAUCCGCACAGCAUAUGGACCCUACUGUACCAAGGUUGGAAUGUCAGAGAUGACCACAAGAAAGCGGCGUAAAGAAAAGAGCGUUGGUGAUGAGGAGGACUGCUCUGGGCAGUAUGAUGAUACUCGAGGUGGCUCUGUUGAGACAUCUGGGGACUAUGAUUUAAAACAGGGAAUUCAGGAGUCUUCAAGAGCCACUCCCACUGGCAAAGGACCUAUGUUUAGUUGUUAUAGCCCAUCAGAAAGUUUUGAUAAAGGUAUUGGUAUGUGUCCAGAAGAUGUGGUGCUCAUUCAAGAUGCAGACAGAAAGGCUACUGGCAAUGUAAUAUCUGUUAUUCAGCAUACUAACUCACUUAGUAGACCAAGCUCAUUUGAGAAGUCGGAGUCUAUUGAACAUCAGUCUUAUCAGCCAGAAAAACCUACUGGUCAACUCUCUGAGCAAUCUGACACAGAGAACAUUGAUGACUUGCAGAAUCCUGACUCUCUUCUUAGGUCUGAGAGUAUGGAGCAUCAUCAGCAGAGUGAUAGUGAAGUAGCAUCUACUUCACCCUGCCAGCAAUAUCAUAUACCCCACAAACUAGUACGGCAACCUAACAUUCAAGUGCCUGAAAUCAGGGUAACAGAAGAACCUGAUAAACCAGAAAAAGAACCAGAGGUGCAAGCUAAAGAGCCAGAGAAACAUAUGGAGGAGUUCCAGUGGCCACAGAGGAGUGAGACUCUGUCCCAGCUCCCAGCGGAAAAACUGCCCCCAAAGAAAAAACGUCUUCGUCUUGCAGACAUGGAGCACUCGUCUGGAGAAUCAAGUUUCGAUUCUACAUGCACAAGCCUUUCAAGGAGCCCAAGUCAAGAGAGUAAUCUGUCCCAUAGCUCAAGUUUCUCAAUGUCAUUUGAUAGAGAGGAGAGCAUGAAAUCAGUGUCACCAACUAAACAAGAUGACUUUGGUAAACAAUCCGAGUUCUUAACUGUACCAGGGAGUAGUCAUUCUCUGUCCAUACCAGGGCAUCACCACAAAGAGAUGCGGCGUUCCUCAUCAGAACAAGCACCUUGUGCUUUACCUGUUGAGGUACCAGAAAUUCGUAGUAAGUCAUUUGACUACGGGAGCCUUUCGACGUCUUCAAGACAAGGGGAAGUUUAUGCCAGUGCUUCAUCCAUGAAAGAGCGUCGACGUGGAUACCUGGUUAGACAGGCAUCCUUAAGCGUCUACCCUGAAGUUGUGGUUCAAGAGCAAGGCUCCGAGUUGAACAUCAAACAAGAGCAUUCGGACCAACAUGGUACCAGUUCAGGUUGGCAGGCCUCCUUGACUCUGACAGGUGCAUCCCACUCAGUGUGUAGCAGUGACUUAAUAAGACCCAAAAGAGGUGCACAGCCUGUCCUUGGAUCGCAUCGCUCGCUGCAGCAUAGUAUCAGUGAAGACAGCCAAUCAGAAGACUUAUUGCAGAAGUCACCUCGCUUGCCAGGGCAACUUUCCACAGACAGUGAGGCUUCGGUGCAUGAGCAUACAGGCCAGGAUGCUGUGCUUCAUUCCUCAGCGCAAAGCAGCCUGGCAUCAUCUGCAUUUUUGCCAUUUCAGUCAGCGUUCUGGCACCCGGAAUCAACGCAACUACCCAAACAGCAUCUGGCUUUCCAAACAAAUCAGCUGCAGAAACUACAUAUCAGACCACCAAAUGUACAGCCUAUGCUACAAAAAUCACACCAUCCUCUCCAGGGACAAAUUGAUUCAAAGGCUGAUGGGACAGGUCACAAUUAUCUGUAUCUCUCAAGAGGUUCUGCACAGAAUAUUGGCACCUCAAAGGUGGUUACUACAAGCUCAGUUUUCUUACAACAAGUUCAGCCAGUUUUUGCCACUCAGACUGUAGGUUCACAGCCAUCACUCCCUGGAAUGCUCGUCCCUGUUAGGAUCCAAACCAAUGUGCCAUCAUUUGGUAGUGUUAUGUACACAAGUGUGUCACAAAUUCUUGCUACCCAUGCUCAGAGCACUACAUCUAUAAGGCUAAUAUGCUCAGACAAUACGUCUACUAGUUCACUUACAGGAAUGUCCUCAAAACACCCAGUAGGGUUCAGUUUAUCCAAGAUAUUAGGCCAUCAAGAAGGAUCUUUCCAAUAUCCUCUUUGGAAAAUUCCAGAUCCAUUACCUGGAAAACUGAAUACAGGCAUUCCCUUGUCCUUGACAUCAGGAACCAUCUCAACGACCGAUGCCUCCUCUAGUAUUGGAGGAAGUAAGAGAAUGCUGUCUCCAGCCAGUAGCCUUGAGCUCUUUAUUGAAACUAAACAACAGAAACGGGUCAAGGAGGAAAAGAUGUAUGGCCAAAUAGUGAAAGAGCUUAGUGCAGUUGAGCUGAGUAACUCGAGUGCACCAAGAGAUACUGACACAUCAUCACAGCCUGAUCUUUUAAGGAGAGAUGACUCGGCAGAUGACCAGGAGAGGAUGUCCUCAUCCCCACCUGCUAAUUUUCCAUCAUCGAAGUUCUCUGUAUGUCCCUCUGCAUCUCAUUUACCUGAUGUGCCUCCUGCAGACAGCUUCACCCCUCCUCUACAAAUCAUUACCAACACGUCUAAAAGAACAGAGUCCCCAGAGGAGCUUGACAUAGAUGAUUCUACUCCAGAGACCAGCUCAAGCCCUCAGUCCAUGGUCUCCUCAGGUGAUGCUCAAGAAGAAGUAAAACAGAGCAUGAGCAGUAAGGUCCCUGUGAACAUGCUGGUGCAGCUUCCAGCCAGUCAGGGUGCUGGUGUGGUGGGGAGCACGCUCCUGGUCACCGACUUGGCAGAUGUUCAACAGUUCUUUCAGUUCCCUAGUCUUCGUACAACAACAAGUGUCAGCUGGUGCUUCCUGAACUACACAAAGCCAAACUAUGCUCAGACAACUCCCUUAACUUCUGUUUAUGGCUCUUGGUGUGUCAGCAGCUACAACCCCAACCCACUUAGCCUCAGCACCCGGGCGACUCUGGCAUUGCUUCGCUCCAAACAGAGGAGGAACACAGAAAUGUACACAAUGGCUGCUAUGUAUCAACCAGGGACUGGAAAACUUGUGUCAUCCCUCUUGUGGAAGCAGAAGUUUGAGCAGAUAAAGCCUGAACUCAUGCAGCUGGAUGUUGGCAAGUUUGGCAAGAAAAUGAAGGGGGUGAACAGAGAUAGAGGAAAGGAGGACCAUGGAGACAAAGGAACUUCCACAAAGCAGGCGGAGUCUGUUCGCAUUAAAAUAUUUGAAGGAGGGUACAAGUCCAACGAGGACUAUGUUUAUGUGCGGGGCCGCGGUCGAGGUAAAUACAUCUGUGAGGAGUGUGGGAUCCGCUGCAAAAAGCCAAGCAUGCUGAAGAAACACAUUCGCACACACACGGACGUCAGGCCAUAUGUCUGCAAGUUCUGCAACUUUGCUUUUAAAACAAAAGGAAACCUAACAAAACACAUGAAGUCAAAAGCGCACAUGAAGAAGUGCUUGGAGCUGGGGGUGUCUGUGACAUCUGUGGAUGAUGCAGAGACAGAGGAAGCUGACACCGCUGAAGAGGUCCAAAUGGAUCCUGGGAAGAUCGGGGUAUUAGAAACGAUGGCAGAACACCAGUUCUCCGAUGCUGAUGAUUCAGAUGGAGCUGAGGAAGACUGUGAUGAAGUCGAUGAGGAUGAAGAUGAUGAUGAAGAUUAUGAUGGUGAUUCAACACCAAAGACUCGCUCUCGAAGCACGAGCCCUCAGCCCUAUGUCAUCCCCUCACAUGCUGUCACUGCAGUUGCUGCAUCCCAGGACUGUGUCCCUGAGGUCCUGGGCUCAGCCUCUCUGCCCAAACAGCCUCUCUUCAGCUAUUACACCAGUCUGCCCAGUAUUCAGAUCACCCAGCAGCCAGGGCCUGCAGAGGCCCAAAUGGUGGAAUACCAGAAACUCCUGCAAGGUGCUCUGGGCGAAGACUACAAAAACAGACUGGAAGUGCCCAGCUCCAUGGAUGAAGACCUUGGCUUGUCUCCAGAACACAGCUCAUCCUCCUUUGAAUUCUCCCCAUCUCGUCUGUCCUCACCAGGAUGUGACUCCUCACCCUUUCGAGAGUCUUCACCCACCUAUAAGAGGUACUUGUCUCCAAGACGGGACCUCUCCCCGCGGGGUCGUUUGUCACCAAGACGAGAGGUAUCCCCUCUGAGGCCUCUUUCCCCAAGGAGAGAUGUCUAUCGACGGGAUCUGUCUCCAAGGAGGGAUCUGUCUCCCAGAGGCCACCUUACACCCAUCUCCCAUGUAGAACGGCCAACUUCUCCAGGAAGGGACCUUGCUGGCAGACGUGAACUGUCUCCAAGGAGCCGACACAAGGGCGCAAUCAGACCGUUGUCCCCCAGAAGGGCACUUCACCACCACAGUGGUCCUUGGUCCCUCAGCCAGCAUCCAUCUGGAGAUACAGGUUUAGCCACCCAGAAAUGCAGGAGCCAUUCAGCAGUGGAGAUGGGUCAGAGGAAGGGUCAUCACCAAGGAGACGGUCACCCUGCUGAGGCUUCCUGUACCCAGCAGGUCCUGUUCAGCCAUCUGCCCCUGCACUCUCAGCAGCAGAUCCGGACCCCAUUCCCCAUGAUCCCCAUCGGUGGCAUCCAGAUGGUACACUCUGUCACAGGCUUGGUCCAUCCCACCCACCUUCCUCUCCAGAAGAGCCCGUCUGAGGAGUCCAGCACCAGUGAGGGGCACGGAACUGGUGGCAGCAACAGAGGGCCAGAGGCUCCUAGUCAACCUCAAGAGAAGACCACGUUCCCCAAAGCAGCAUCCCUGGAACUCUCGCCACCUUCUCACCUGCCCGGAGAGGACGGCAAGGAUGUGUGUGACAAAGAAAGCAAGCAAGAGGAGGGCAUCCAGACAUGCACGAAGGCCAUUGCAUCUCUGCGCAUCGCUUCAGAGGAGCCACGAGAACAACUGGCCCGCGCCAUCGAGCAGGUCCAUCAGCACGCGCUGGCUUCUUCUCCCACAGCCCAGCCAGACAGUCUACCCUGCUGCAUUCAGCACUUUAACAGCUCAAAUAUCAGGCUUCCUCUGCUCUCCAGCACAGACAGUGGUGUGAAUGCCACACCAAAAACAGGACAUCCUUCUCUUCACAGUCCAGAGGCUGCAGAGAGAUCACCAGGCCAGCAGGGCCAUGCAGAGAAGAAAGGCAAAGAGUCAAAGGACACCACUGACAACAGGUAAACAAUGAGGGCAGCAAAUUACACUGAUAAACAACGUUUAGACACACACACACACACACACAGACAAGCAGUCUUUAAACGUUAGAUUUUCAAUGGUUUUAAUGUACAGUGUAGCAUGCCUUUUAUAACCUGGUUUGCUAUUUCAACUAUAAUUACAACUUUCUUAUUUAAAAUUUCAGAGAAUAUACAUAUAUGUUUAACUUAUACCUGUAUAUGAGCCUGACCAAAACUGCUUAUGGACUCUGAUUGGUACUUUUAAAUGUACAGAUGUGUGUGCCUUUUCUUUUUGCUUAUAUUCUUAUAAGCAUAUGAAACAGGAAGACAUGUAAAUAUAUCAAGUUUUGUGUAUCAGCUUUGUAUUAAAUGCAAUUUACCGUCUUUUUGGACACCUGAGUCUGAAUUAUGUGAAGUAUCAAUAUAUGUAAGGUUGCACUAAAACAUAUUUUUAUAUGAGUGAAAUUAAAUUGCUUUUGUGUACAGCAGCAAUUCUAUAAUACUAUUUAUUGUAUCAUGUUUCAUAAAUUGUAAAUUUUUUUUCUUAAUGUGGUGGAUGCUUUUCUAUGUCAGCAUGGGUUUUGCUAUUGCAUAAUUAGAGCAAAAAUAUCUAUACUGGCUUUAUAUUAGAAAUAUGUUAUCAUAUAGUUCUAAGUAAAUUAAUUUUACUUGGAAAUAUAUACAUAAAAUUUAAGUAAACAUA